AUGGCAGUUUUCUUUCGGACGAUUUGCCAUCAGAGGAACAACAAGACGUUCAACGGAAAGAGGAAAUCGGAUAAGGAGAACCCGUUGAAUUACGCCCGGAACUAUUUGGGCGAUAUACUUGACCCGUAUGUGGAUCGAGUCAUUUACCUCGAUUCCGACGUCGUCAUAGUCGACGACAUCCAGAAGCUAUGGAACAUCACGUUACAAAACAAUCGGGUCAUCGGAGCACCUGAAUACUGCCAUGCCAACUUCACCAAGUACUUCACAGACAGCUUCUGGUCCGACCCGAUGAUGUCCAGGGUUUUCGGGUCGAGAAAACCGUGUUACUUCAACACCGGCGUGAUGGUAAUGGACAUGGGUAAAUGGAGAAAAGGCAAUUACCGGAAAAGGAUCGAAAACUGGAUGGAACUUCAAAGAAAAAAAAGAAUCUACGAAUUGGGUUCAUUGCCGCCUUUCUUACUGGUUUUCGGCGGCAACAUUGAGCCGAUCCACCACCGCUGGAACCAACAUGGUCUCGGCGGCGAUAAUGUGAAAGGAAGCUGCCGGUCACUGCAUUCGGGUCCGGUGAGCUUGUUACAUUGGAGUGGAAAAGGUAAACCAUGGGUGAGACUUGAUGAGAAGAGAGCAUGUCCGUUGGAUCAUCUGUGGGAGCCGUACGAUCUUUACAAGCGUAAUCAUCACCGUCAGCAAACAGCCGUUGGAUCUUUCAAUUUUGUUGGGUAUUCCAAUUAUUUCAUUUAAUUUCAUUAGAAUUAAAUAAAAAUUGGAAAGCAAAAAAAAAAAAAAAACCUUUUUGUGUAAUUUAAUUUUAGGGGGUUAUUGUGAUUCAGAUAUUCUUUUGACAGCUGUGUACAGAAAUUGUAGGAGUUUUUUAUGUGAUUGGUUGGAUUGUUACAAGGG